AUGACGACGGCUUGGAACAAGUCGCAACAUACGUCUUUUCUCUUAUGGGACAUCGAUCGCGAGUUCCAAAAUGCAUACGAACUUUAUGAACAACUUCGGGCCAAGUCUGGCCAAAAGAGAUCAGCGUGGUCGCGCCUAGCCGCCAGGAGCCCAGACGACGACCUUGCAAAGGCGUUGAGCCUAGGACGUGAAGUAAGAAUCUUCAUGCAGACUGGCAAGAAACGAUUUGGAUCGCGAUUCGAACAAGGCGACUCUACAUGUCACACCGCCCUCGAGGCCCAGCUCAUUCGGAUCCAGUACGAAGUCCGCGAACUUCUCUGCGACAGUGCUGUGUCUCAGGCAGUUUCCAUACCAUACGACGAAAUCAUAACCACGUCGAGGAGUAUCCGUCGUAUCUGCUUGGAGGCCUUGUAUGCACAAUUCGACCGCUUCUCCACACCAACAUCCUUGCUGUACCUACCACCUCCACGGUUCAAAGUACAGUACUGCACAUUUGCGGAGCAGCUACGUGAAGACUUAAUUUCAUCAGAAGGUAGUAGCCUGCAGACCAAGAGAUUACGCCCACGUGAUCGCCACGACGACCGAGAAAUUUGCCCUGAUUGCGACACAUGCGUCUCUGUCGCAACACAUUCCGGUCUUCCCGACGCCCGGUGCAUCCUCUUCAGCUCACACGUCAAACCGGAGCGCGGUAGCACCAAAGAAAAUGCAAGCUACGCGUGUAAUAGCUGCUACAAGACCUUUGACGACUCGUACGCAUUUCUGGACCACAUCUUCCAGAAACAGAUCGGUAGUGAUUUUAGCUGUCUGCGCCAAUCGAGUCCAGACCUGUCCAUCCACGAGCUGGAUCGUUCGCUCAUCGAGCAAUGCUUCAAGAACUGCCUUGUGCGUGAGCUGUCGCGGACCACAAGCGAAAAAGCAGCAGUGGGCCAGGUUGUCGUACAGGAGAAGGAGAUCGAGCUGAAACUGAACAGCUUGACCAGCGCUACGUCCUGGUAG